AUGGGGCAGACUAAUGUGCGGGUGGCUGCUGCUGUAAGGUGGUUGUGGAAGUUAAUAAACGUAUCCAUAGAGAACACUGAAAACUCAGUGGAUUCAAAAUCCAUUAAAAGUUUGGAACCAAAGAUCAUACAUGGAAGCAAAUCAGUGGACUCUGGAAUAUCCCUGGACAACAGUUAUAAAAUGGAUUAUCCUGUGAUGGGUUUAUGUAUAAUAAUUAAUAAGAAGAAUUUUCAUAAAAGCACUGGAAUGACAUCUCGGUCUGGUACAGAUGUUGAUGCAGCAAACCUCAGGGAAACAUUCAUAAACUUGAAAUAUGAAGUCAGGAAUAAAAACGAUCUUACACGUGAAGAAAUUGUGGAAUUGAUGCGCAAUGUUUCUAGAGAAGAUCACAGCAAAAGGCGCAGUUUUGUUUGUGUGCUUCUGAGCCAUAGUGAAGAAAGAAUAAGUUUUGGAACAAAUGGACCUGUUGACCUGAAAAAAAUAACAAGCUUUUUCAGAGGGGAUUGUUGUAGAAGUCUAACUGGAAAACCCAAACUUUUCAUUAUUCAGGCCUGCUGUGGUACAGAACUGGACUGUGGCAUUGAGACAGACAGUGGUGUUGAGGAUGACAUGGCGUGUCAUAAAAUACCAGUGGAGGCCGACUUCUUGUAUGCAUACUCCACAUCACCUGGUUAUUAUUCUUGGUGAAAUUCAAAGGAUGACUCCCGAUUCAUCCAGUCACUUUGUGCCAUGCUGAAACAGUACGCCGACAAGCUUGAAUUUAUGCACAUUCUUACCCGGGUUAACCGAAAGGUGGCAACAGAAUUUGAGUCCUUUUCCCCUGAUGCUACUUUUCAUGCAAAGAAACAGAUUCCAUGUAUUGUUUCCAUGCUCACAAAAGAACUGUAUUUUUAUCACUAAAGAA